AUGCAGUGGCUUUCUCCUAAAAUGGAUAACACACAUGACAAUAUCAACCAAGAUGACAUCAGCAAUGACGAUCUUGAACAAGAAUUAUUAGAUUUGCUGAAAGAAAAUCCGCCACAUACGGUUCCGAAUACAACGUUGUCUUCUACUCAGGGUAAAACAUAUUAUGAGGAAGAUGAGCUUAUACUUGCUCAACUUGUUAAAUCAAUGGAUAAUGGUAAUCAACCGUUGUCUGGUGGUAGUGGUGGUGGUGGUUCUGAUGAAUUAGACAUGUUGGACAUUAACGAGAAGGAGUUUUUCGAUGAUGAUGAUGAUAAGAAAACAGUAAAAGAAAACACUUUUGAUUCACGUCGUCAAAAAACAGAAUUUACUGCGAAUGUUUCUGGUUCCAAUAUGUCACCAAUAAGUCCACCUUCAAGUGGUAAUAAUCUAAAAGGUGUUCCGAAUGAUACCGCUGUAAAGGCUGAUAAGCAGCCAUUAGAUGUUCGUCAAGCUGUACUUGAUUAUAUCAAUCCUAAAACUACUCCUCCCGGUUUAGAUCUGUUGAAGAAUCGUCAUAAAGAAUACAAAUCAGAUUAUGCAUCAUCUUUUGCACAGAUUCCAGUAUUACAUGUUUACUAG